UGUAAUUCAGCGCGUGGUACUUGUGUCAGAGCAACACAAUCCAGAGGGUCUUUACACUGUCAAAAAAAAAAGGAAGAGAAGGAUUUCCGCACACGAGGCCCUGAUUGGUGAUAAACUGUAACCUGCGGUCCCGGUGAAAGAACACCACCCCCGGCAGGCUGGCCACGCCCCCUUCCUCCUGCCUAAAUGUAUCCUGAAUCUACCACAGACUCUCCUGCCCGCCUCUCCCUCCGACAGACUGGCUCACCAGGCAUGAUCUACAGCGCUCGUUAUGGGAGCCCCAAACGACAGCUGCAGUUCUACAGAAACCUUGGGAAGUCAGGUCUGCGGGUGUCCUGCCUUGGAUUAGGAACAUGGGUGACGUUCGGUGGACAGAUAACGGAUGAGAUGGCUGAGCAGCUGAUGACUCUGGCCUAUGAAAAUGGCAUCAAUCUGUUUGACACAGCAGAAGUCUACGCUGCUGGGAAGGCAGAGGUGGUGCUCGGAAACAUCAUAAAGAAGAAAGGAUGGAGACGUUCAACUCUGGUGAUAACAACAAAGAUCUUCUGGGGUGGAAAAGCGGAGACCGAAAGAGGUUUAUCCCGAAAACACAUUAUAGAAGGUUUAAAAGCUUCUCUAGAAAGACUGCAGUUAGACUACGUGGAUGUGGUUUUUGCGAACAGACCGGACCCUAAUACACCUAUGGAAGAAACGGUUCGAGCAAUGACCUAUGUGAUAAACCAAGGCAUGGCCAUGUACUGGGGAACAUCCCGCUGGAGCCCGAUGGAGAUAAUGGAAGCGUACUCUGUGGCGCGACAGUUCAACCAGAUUCCUCCCAUCUGCGAGCAGGCCGAGUACCACAUGUUCCAGCGGGAGAAGGUGGAGGUGCAGCUACCGGAGCUCUUCCAUAAGAUAGGUGUGGGGGCCAUGACGUGGUCGCCACUGGCCUGCGGUAUCAUCUCAGGGAAAUACGACGGCCGGGUGCCUCCCUAUUCCCGGGCGUCCCUGAAGGGUUACCAGUGGUUGAAGGACAAGAUCUUGAGUGAGGAGGGCCGGCGUCAGCAGGCGAAGUUGAAAGAGCUGCAGGCAAUCGCGGAGCGGCUGGGCUGCACUCUGCCCCAACUCGCCAUCGCGUGGUGCCUACGGAACGAGGGGGUGAGCUCAGUCCUCUUAGGGGCGUCCAACACCGACCAGUUGAUGGAGAACAUCGGAGCGAUUCAGGUUCUUCCAAAGUUGUCAACGUCCAUCACACACGAGGUGGACAGCAUCCUGGGAAACAAGCCGUACAGUAAAAAGGACUACCGCUCCUAACGCGCAGUGCGGCCCCGCCCGGCAGGGCUGCACCCGGGCUGCAGCCACAGCGCCCCACCUUUGCCUGAUCCUCUGUUUGCUUGAGCUUUUACUGAAUGAGGCCCUGGCGCAUGAGUCUGGCCACACCAAGGGCACCUCAUUUAGAGUUACAGGGAUGAUAAGAUAAGGUAAAGGGGGAACAAUACAGUCACCUCCACAGGAAAGGAAGGAAAGACAGGCAUAAGUGGAAGAGAGAUUAGGAAAUGCGCUCAUAGUUAAAUCAGUUAUACAUUCAAUUCAGCUGAACGUAUUUUAAAACCCUAGAGAAAAAUACCUUUAAAAAAAAUAAGCACACGCUUGCUUGGCAGCCAGAUUGCUUUUUUGCUUAUUUUUUUUAAAACUGAAUGCAACUAAAAGGAAGAUUAAGUUCAUACUGUAUGAAUAUAUGAUAACUACUCAGUUGCACAUGUACCAUAGCCAUGCAUUUGUUCCUUGGAUGUUCUGUUUACAAAACACCUGUGUACUGUAAAGAGUCUGUCAAGGUUUCUCUGUAAAACCUUUUGUUUAUGUUGUGGACAUUGUCAGUGUAUGAGCCUCGUCGGGGGCUUUAACAAUCAGCACUUUAGUAUCGUCAGUAUGGUGUUGGGCAGUAGUUCUAAAGAGGGGAGAGGAUGGAUAUUACAAUAGUCUAAUCUCAUAGCCAUUGCACUAUAGUAUCAUAUCUCCAGUGAUUCCCUCUCCUCCUCUUCCUCGCUUUGUGUCUUCACUGGCAGUGUGUUUCUUCAGCCUGAUGCUCCAACACUCCAGCUCUCUAAGCGUGGUGGUGGCAGCCAAGAUGAUGAGGCUCCUCCUCCGUCCUGACCUGUGAACCGUCGGUGAUGAUGAGUCAGGAGCGUGGAAUGAUGCGACUGAAGAGAUUAGCCAUUUAUUCAUCCCUAGCGGUGGGAACUGCAGUCGCGUUAAAAUCCAAUGCAGCGGCGUACAUCACUGUGUCGCCCAGCCUCCGUUCUCUGUUUCCAGGCUGAGGGUUUACUGUGCAGGAAGUGGUCAUAUCAGUGCUGGCUCCACAUCUCAUGGAAACUUCUCCUUGAUCAAAUUCUGCUCAAGUAUUUUUGCCUUAUUUACAGUUGUAUCAGACAGUGCUGUAGACAAGCAGCUCAACCGCUGCCCCUUCGGCCCACUGGUUUCAUGUCCCCUGUAAAUACUGGAACGCUGACUGGUGGAAGUGGCAUCGGUUGCGAGGAGGCGGCGGUGUGUCCAGUUCAUCAGUGGGUAGCAGCAGCUCAGGGAACAGAGCAUGUGGUUUUAGUCGUGAGUUGGCGUGCACAUGGUCAGGAGGUUGUAUUUACUCGUGUGGACACUGGGCAGGACCAGUGGCAUUUUAGCGUGGCUUCAGCCAAAGAUCUUCUUUAUCUCUCUUUGAAGAGACACCCAAGUGUUUCACCCUCACUUCCUGCAAGAUUAUAGAACUCAUUUGGCGCACGUGCUGUCCAGCUUGUUAUCUAUCUAUGAUAUGGACUUUAUACUCCAUAUAUAUAUAUAUAUAUAUAUAUAUAUAUAUAUAUAUAUAUAUAUAUAUAUAUAUAUAUAUAUAUAUAUAUAUCUUUACUUGACCACACUGUUAUUCUAGUUAACAAAUAUGCCCUUCAUAUACAGAAUGCAUAAGUACAUCUACUUGCUUUAGGAUUGGUAAGGUUUAUUUCAGGCAACAUACAACCUGACAUGUCAGAAAUAUUACUGCAGAAUUUGACGCAGCCCGACAUCAUUCUUUCUCCUUUGGGUGGUCUCCUACUGUGAUUAAAGCACAAGUGCAUGUGACAUUCUCAAAGCAUGGGCCCCUUUUUACCCAGCCUACGUACUUAUGGGACAAGUAAGGUGAUGCUACCCUGCUUACGAACAUGUGUAGGUAACUAAACUCUUUACAGCUGAUCAAAUAUUGAUUCUCAGCAGAAAAUAAACAAGUAUACAUUAAUAAAAUUGUCAUUAGUGGAAAUGACAUGAAUGACGUAGAAGUGGAGUGGAUAAUCAACGUGAACGUUACAGUGUGGAUGAGGUCUGCUUCGUUACUCCUCUUAGGUGAUCUUUAAAAGCAGCAAAGGGAUUUCACGUCUGCUAUUGAUUUUGUUUGUGUGUGUGUGUUUUCUUUGGG